AUGAUUUUUGAGCUAGUCCAUUUUGGGGCACGAAGGCACCUCUAUGCUGGUGUUCGGGGUGGAUCCUCACUUUCAUUCCCAGCUCCCCAGUUGCUUGCCUGUGAAGGAGCUAAAGAUAGAUGUGGGCUAUUCUGUUCCCUCUGCCGUCAUUGCAAAAACCAACAAUCUUACCUCGACUUUGCGACCUUGGAUAGCAACGGAGCGUCUGAGAUACCCAGAAUAUUCGAUAUGGCGGAAUCGACAUACAUCAAACCCGAGCCAUAUAUCAAGCCUGAUCCCGAAGCCAUACCUGCCGCUCCCGUCGACGACGACGACCUAUACGAAGAUGCUGGCGAUCUAGAGUUCUUUGAUCAAUUGAGCGAUCAAGGCUCCUUCGGUCAGGCAUACCUAGCAAGGGUUCCGAAGGACCUGUGGGAAGCAUGGGAUAGCUUGCCGGAUGAUGCUGAGAUCGAGAUUGGCACAAUGCGACAGUGGGACGUGGUGCGUCCAGAUGGCGGCGUUGAGCAUCGUUUCAAAAUGCUACUUAAUUCCGAUCGCGCGGAGCACCAACUGAUGCCCAAAGAAUAUGACUUGGAGAUGGGGAAGGAAAUUGCGCGUAGCACGUUCGUUUUCACCGAGGAGGACCUACCCGGCUUCAAGGCCAAAUCUAAGGCAAGGACCGAUGCCGCGAAUGCUGGCAUCCCGGCUCGAUUCCUGAGACCCAAGGCGGAGAAGGUGGAGAAGAAACCAUUCGAGAAGGGUCGCCGAUGGCAACCGUACUACCGCAAAGCGAUUCCAAAGAAGACAAAGAUUGCUGCCAGAAUCCAGUACGAGCUGGCGUGCAAGCCAGUCGACAACGCCGAGAGUCAGGCAAUUCUACAACGGAAGCAAGUCGAGGCUCAGCGGCCCAAGCAUACCCUGCAGAUCAUGGAGCAGCGCGCAGCCAACAGCAUUAUCCACCAUGGGUCUGCUGCAGCGGUUGAGAAGUUUGGCUCCUUCAUCGCAACCAAGCCAAAGAAAUCCGAAAACAGGUCCGCCCGUAUGUCGGAGGAACAGUUGUUGGAUGGCCUCAUGGAGGCUUUUAGGAAGUACGAGUACUGGAAAAUGUCAAUUCUCAAGGCUAGAUUUGACCAGCCCGAGGCUUUCUUACGCCAAACCUUGGAGAAGAUUGCUGUAUUGAACAGGUCUGGUAUUCAUGCCAAUGAGUGGUCGCUUCAGGAGCACUUGAAGAGCAUGGCAUCCGGCGCCACUAGCGAGACGGCACCGGAGGAAGCCGCCGCAGAAGAUGACGACGACGAGGUGACACCCCCUCGACUUGACAGAGUUGGGUCGAGCCUUUUGCCAAUCACCCUUCGCCAAUACACCUCCAAGGCCGCUCUCCAUCAUUUCUGCGUUGCGCAAAUGCCUCAAAGUGCCCUCAGUCUCGUUUUGGACUUUGAUGGGACGAUUACGACAAAGGACACAAUCGGUACAUUGGCAGAAAUCGGCCUCCAGUUUCAGCAACAGCACGGGAUCGAUCUCUCUUCGACAUGGCAGCGGAUUCUGGUAGAAUACAGCAAAGAUCAUGCAGAUCAUUUGUCCGAGUAUCGACCAAUCGCCGAUGGCAGACUUUCACUCGAAGACGAGCUCGCCUUCUUACGGGGCCUGAAGGAAGUUGAGCUGAGAUCCGUCCAGAGAGUCGAGAACUCAGGCGUCUUCCGGGGCCUGAGCCAAGAACAUCUCGCUAUUGCCGGUGCAAAUUCCCGAAAGGAAGGGACAGUCAAGCUACGGGAUGGGUUUUCGGAGCUCAUGGAUGCGGCCAAACAGAAGGGCUGGUCCGUCGCGGUAGUCUCCGUCAACUGGUCGAGAUCAUUCAUCAAGGGUGUUCUCUCCGACUAUAGCGUUGACGUUGUUGCUAAUGAAAUUGAGGUGGAUGGAAGCAUCUCAGGACCGGAUUUUAUGGGCUCUCUGGCGCGGCAGACGGCCCUGAUGACGUGCGAGGACAAGCUGCAGGCUCUUCAAACAUUGGCAGCGCGGCAAGGAGCUGAGGAUACCAGGACACUGGUGUAUUUUGGUGACUCCACUACAGACAUCGAGUGUCUUUUGGCAACCCGUGGAGUCGUGAUAUCAUCUGACGCCGAAUCGAGCUUGAUGAGGACUUUGAGGAGAGUAGGGUACCAAGUGCCAAGAGUGAAGGAGGGUCGGGCGUCCGAAGGCACAGUCUGGGCAUCAACAUUUGUAGAGGUUCUCGAAAGCGAGUUUCUAUCUUUGGAAAACAGUUCCGAAUAG